AUAUUUCAGUUGUAGGCUAUCAUGGCGUAAAUCAUCAUAAUCAGCGUUAAUCAGCGUCACUUUCUUCACGUGUGUGUCUUCAAAUACAGCCAGGAACGUGCGCGCCUACUAGCCUUCUACUCAGUUCCCUCGUUUUAGUCAGCUAUUCAAAUGCAGUGUCAAACUUUCACACGGCGGACAGAAAGAGAAGUUGAGGCCAAUAGGAGUACACAAAACUCGGCCAGUUAAAACUGGACGACCAGGACUCUGUGUGAGAAACUGGCUUAAUGAUGAUGCAGUGUGAGAACAGAGGGAACUUCAAUCACCGGUGAUUUUAAACGAUUGCGUUUUGUGCCGGAGACUGAGGCUGUGCCAGGAGGAUCUUCAUCAUCCUCCAUGUCUGAUGCCUCCUGUCCCUGCUGACUGCUGACGGCUCAACAUCAUCCCUCUGUUCUUCUACUUGGAGCUACACUCUCCUCUUCUUUCACGCAAUCGUUUCUCCAUCCGACGGUCUGUCCACCGGUCAUGAAUCCCUACGGACACACAAGUCCACCUUCUGAACCUUAUUACUCACAAAAUCCAUCUCUGUCAGCCAGCGUACAGUCUCCUCCACUCAUCAGCACAGGUCAUAGCUCUUUGCCAGUUUUGAGCCAUGAUGUCCCUCACUAUCAGGCCUCGUCAGACCACAAUGGAGGAAACCCGGUCCCAUCGCCAAACUCAGACCACUCCGCCUCAUUUCUUCCAGGUUCCAGCCUAGUUUUAGUCUCGUCUUUAGCUCAAAGUCUAUCUCCAGCUCCCACGUUGAACCCUUACCCUGCCCCCGGCACCCCCCCCUCCUGCCAGGUCUCCGUCAUCAUCCCGUCCCCAGACCUCCGCCCGUCUCCUCUGCCGUCUCAGUUCGCCGAGGACACCUGCCCGGACCUGGAGUGCUCCAUCUGCUUUAGCCAAUUCAACAAUGUCUUCCGCUGUCCCAAGAUGCUUCAGUGCAAGCACACAUUCUGCCUGGAGUGCCUGGCGCGCAUCAACGUCAAGUCGGCCGAGCCAAACGCCAUCCAGUGCCCGCUGUGCCGCGGCCUCACGCCCCUGCCCACCCUCGGCCUGCCCAAACUGACCACGAACUCAGACAUGCUGUCCUACCUGCCGGCCGCCAUGCAGAGAGUCUACAGCAUCCGCUUCCUGCGCAACAAAGGGAAGCUGCAGGUCAAAAGGUCAUCUGAAGGUCAGCGGCAGUGGGGUCAGAGGUCGCUGACGUCUCUGAGGUCGAUGAACCGCUCUCUGGACGUGGGGCUUCCCAGCCCGCCUGCCGGGAGCCGCGGCGCUGAGGUGGGCGGCGUGGGCGGAGCUCUGUUCCGCCUGACGGGCCGGCCGGCGUGCCGGGCCUUCCUCCUGACGUCUGUGGUGAUGAUGAUGGUGCUGCUGACGGGCAUCAUCAUCUUCCUCCUCACAUACAAAAGUGAGAAAAGUGGGUGACAUCAUAUUCUUUCUCCUGCUUUUAAUCUCAGGGGUGAACGGUAGAAUUCCACCAUCUGAAUUUAAUUAAGCAUCUGUCUCAAAACUGAUUCAGAUGGGAAAUAGAAAGCUAUUGUUUCUGGCUUUUAACGUUCCGGACAGACAGGACACAGACAGGACACAAACACUCACUCAUGAGCUGAGAAAGUGAGAAGCAUAAAGACUUUCACUCAUAGAUUUUAUGAUUCAAUCCUUAAAAUGGACUCCCAAGAUGCAGGUGAAAGGAACAGUAUCUGUGAGACUGCGAAGCAGUGGAUGUUAACCUGUUUUACAGUAAUUAACUUGUGCCGGAAGCUUUAAAUGAUUGGCUUAAUGUCGCUGGACAUGAGAUCCUUCUGCCUAAAGCAACAAAAUUGUGUAAAAAAUAAAUAAAAUAAAAUUAACAGCUGGGAAAGAAAAGCACUGGAACGUGGGAGGCGCUGGACUUUAAUCUGACUUCCAGCCCUUAAAACUUCAACCUCUAGUUGCUUUGGGGGGGAAACAAUCACCACUUUUUAAUGUCUUGAAUUUCAUUGUACAAAAUGGCUGAUCUGAUGGUCAAGUGAUGGCAGAUAAAAAGAGAAAAGUAGAUGUGCUGUAUUAUACUAUACGGAUUAUGUUACAAGGUCUCUGGUGGCGCCCAUCCAGCUGCUGACUGAAUCUAAGAGACUGAAUCUAAUUUCACCCUCCCUUUGGGACAUAAAACUCUAUCAAAAUGUAAUGCGUAAAAAAACAACAAGACUACAUAAAGCUGUCUCCAGGCGGUGCCAUCUUCAUAUUCAAACGUCCUUUUGGCAGCUUUCAGCACUUUAAAGAAAGCCUAGCGACUGAAUAGUUUGUUUCUUUGUUCCGUCUUUCUAAGUGGCUGUUAAUUACAGGAGUCCAUUUCCUCCUGUCUCUCCUCUGCCCCGCCUAAUCAAAUGCUGUAAACAGGAGCCAUGCAAAUAAAUGGAGUCAUAGUUACAGUCUGACAGAGCAUAGGAUUUCCAUAGAAGCCUGAACAUUACGCAUGAUGGAACUGAACACCGCUGGACAGUAACAAUAACAACAAUAGAAAUAGUUUUACACUUCACCUGUAGAGCUGUCUUUCCAUGCAGAUAGUAUUUUUUAUUUAUCUAGGUUUUCAGAUGAUUUCUGCCUCAACAUUGAUACAAUGGAGGAUGAUGGGGUUCCAUUUGAGGUGUUAACAGCAUUGGAAUGCCUUCUCAUAAUUUAAUUUCCACAGUUAAAUGUUUUGUAAAACUCUUGUUCUUGUUGUUUUAUUCACAGUUGCAGGGACCUUCUGUUGCAGUUUGAGUUAUUCUUUUUAAACUUACUUGCUUAGGACUGCAAGCGACAAAAUAAAUCUCAUCCUCAAUUUCAUUGACGUGGAGGCAGAAAUGUGAAAACUUGGACAACUAAAACCCAAUCUGUCUGCAUGUAUUUCAUGGUGACUUUA